AUGGUGGGCCACCUGCAUCUGCAGGGCAUGGAGGAGAGCCUCAAGGAGAAGAGCCGGGAGGGCUUGCUGGACAGCCCUGACUCGGGGCUGCCCCCCAGCCCCAGCCCCAGCCCGCCCUUCUACUCCCUGGCGCCUGGCAUCCUCGACGCCCGCGCGGGGGGCUCUGGCGCCUCCUCGGAGGCCCCCGGACCCGGCGAAGCCAAAGCGCCCCUCCCCCUCCCCCCGAGCACCCCGGCGCGCGAGAUGAGGCCCCGGAUGCUGCCCGUGUUCUUUGGGGAGAGCAUCGAGGUGAACCCAGAACCCACGCCCGAGAUCCGCUGCAAUUCUGAGGUCAAGUACGCCUCGGAGAAGCACUUCCGGGACAAGGUCUUCUACGCGCCGGUGCCCACGGUCACGGCCUACAGCGAGACGAUCGUGGCGGCGCCGAACUGCACGUGGCGCAGCUACCGCAGCCAGCUGACCCUGGAGCCGCGGCCGCGCGCGCUGCGCUUCCGGAGCACCACCAUCAUCUUCCCCAAGCGCGCCCGCAGCUCCUUCCGCACCACCCUGCACCUCAGCCUGGGCCGGCCGCGCCGCUGGUUCACGGCCAGCGUGCAGCUGCAGCUGUGCCCGCGGCCCGGGCCCGGCCUGCUGGGCCCCGCGCCGCUCUGA